AUGGACACACACGAGACGAAAGAUCAAUCAAAGUUGUCGGCUCCACGUGAGCAUGCAGAGUCGGCAUUGGGACACAUGGAGGUUAUCGAAGGAAGGCCUACUGAUGAGGAUCUCCAGACCUUGAGGCGAGUCCCAGGAAAGAUAGAAUGGAUUGUCUUUACAAUCGUCUUCCUCGACCUGUGCGAAAGACUGACUUAUUACGGGACUAGCAUCGUGAUGACGAACUUCAUUCAGCGGCCCCUGCCAUCAAAUUCGGCAACCGGUGCAGGGGGAAAAAACGGUCAAUCUGGCGCUCUUGGAUACGGACAAGAAACGUCUUAUGCCCUGAGUACCUUUAAGCAAUUUUUCUUCUAUACAACUCCCCUUCUGGGAGCAUAUCUCGCCGAUGCUCGCUGGGGUCGUUUCCGUGUUAUAUGCAUGUCAGUAGGCCUGUCGAUCGUCGCGCAUGUGGUCUUUGUGGUUGCAGCUCUACCCUCAGUCAUACAUAAUCGAGAGGCGUCUUUGGCGACUUUUAUCCUGGCAACAGUCCUUUUAGGGUUCGGCACUGGAGGUGUGAAGCCGAACUUGUCCCCUCUCGUUGCAGAACAGCUGUCCCAUACCGAACUCACGAUCAAGAUAUUACCGAAUAACGAGAAGGUCAUUUCAGACCCUGCAUUAACACUGAACCGGGCUUAUAUGUAUUACUAUUUCUUCACAAACGUCGGCGGUCUCAUCGGCACAAUUAGUAUGCCUUAUGCAGAGAAAUACGUUGGGUUUUGGCUAGCAUGGCUUGUGCCAACUGCUUUCUACUUCUUGUGUCCCGCAAUUCUCCUUUGGGGGUAUAAGAGAUAUCGUGUUACCAAACCCGAACCUUCGGCGUUUGGAAAGGCAAUCCGACUUUGGGUCUAUGCCCAAAAGGACUGCUGGUCUUUCAAUCCCAUUAAGACGUGGAGAAGUCUUAAUGACGGGACAAUGUGGUACAGGGCCAUGCCUUCCAAUGUCGCGCCAUCUCAUCGACCGAGUUGGAUGACAUUCGAUGAUGCCUGGGUUGAAGUCGUGCAUCGUGGGUUUUCCGCCUGUAAAGUGUUUGCAUGGUACCCUCUCUAUUUCCUCUGUUACAAUCAGAUCAACAACAACCUCACAUCGCAAGCGGCACUGUUGCAGACUCACGGCUUUCCAAAUGAGAUCCUCACCAGUAUUGAUCCGCUCGCAAUCAUUAUCUUGAUACCGAUUUUCGAUCGAGUGUUAUACCCACUGUUGAGAAGUUUCAAAAUCAAUCCAACGCCGAUCAAAAAAAUCACCGCCGCUUUCUUCUUUGCAUCCGCCGCCAUGAUAUGGGCAGCAGUCUUGCAAUACUACAUAUAUAAAAAGUCUCCCUGUGGCUAUUCGGCUACUACUUGUGAAAGCCCCUCUCCCAUCAGUUUCGGCGCACAAUCUGGAGCAUUCGUACUAAUCGCAAUUUCCGAGAUUUUGGGAACAAUUACGGUUCUGGAGUACUCGUUCUCAAAGGCACCCGUCGAGAUGCGAUCUCUUGUACAGGCUCUCGCGCUGUUCGCCAAUGCUGUGGCUUCUGCAAUCGGAGAGGCGCUUACUCCCCUCACUCAUGAUCCGCUCCUCAUCUGGAACUUCGCCGUCCCAGCUAUACUUUCGGCUGUCGGGGGAUUGUGUUUUUGGUUUCGGUUCAGAAAGUUGGAUGCUGACGAGGAUAAACUGAACAUGCUGUCGGCUGGGACAUUAAAUAGAGAGAACGACGAGAAAUUGGGUGCUGGGCAGUAA